CGCCCCCCUCGGCGCGCGCAGCUCCCCGCGGCCGCCGCCGCCGCCUGUAACCUGCGCCGCCAGGAUGUGGCUGGGGGCUGACGUCGGGUCCAGAUGUGGCCCCGGCCCCGCCCACCCCUGGGGCCGGGCCGCCCACACCGAGCCGCGGCGCGCACGGCGGCGGUCCCGCCUGCCACAAUGCGCGGCGAGGCUGCGGCCGUCCGGAUCGUCGCCGUGGGGCAUCCUUAGCACCGGCCGCCCGUGACGCGGCGCGCGGCGGACACUCACGCGCCCGCGCCCCCCAUGCGCGCAGCCCCCCGCGGCCGGCCCGGCGGGCGCCUCGCCGACGCGGAGCCGCGCGGGUGACGGCAAAGGCGGCUGCGCGCCCGGCCCAGCCCGCGGAGAGGACGCGCCGCGCCCCCGCCCCCCGUCCGCUCCCGGGAGGAGGCCGCGCGCGGGUGCGGAUGCGCCGCUGACGACUCGCCUGGCCGAGCAGUGUCGCCGGCCCCGCCGGCCCGCGCCCCCCGCAGCAUGGCAGCCGCUGCCUACAUCGACCACUUCGCGGCCGAGUGCCUCGUGUCCAUGUCCACCCACGCGGUCGUGCACGGGCCGCGGGAGGGGCCGGAGCCCAGACCCGAGGGCGCGGCCGCCGCCGCCGCGGUCGCCGCCACGCUGCCCCGCGCCGACGAGCGCCGCGACGGCAAGGACAGCGGGUCGCUGUUCGUGGUGGCGCGGAUCCUGGCGGAGCUCAACCAGCAAGCGCCGGCGGCCGGCCCAGCGGAGCGCAGGGAAGGCGCCGCGGCCCGCAAGGCGAGGACCCCUUGCCGCCUGCCGCCCGCGCCGCCCCCCGCGCCGGAGCCCGCGGAACCCGGAGCGCCCCGGAGCCCCGAGCACGGCGAGCCGGAGCCCGAGCUGGAGCCUGGGCCCGCGGGGGGCAGCGGCGAGCCCGGCCUCAGACAAAGGGGCCGGCGGGGCCGCAGUCGCGCCGACCUCGAGUCCCCGCCGAGGAAGCACAAGUGCCACUACGCGGGCUGCGAGAAAGUUUACGGGAAAUCCUCGCACCUCAAGGCGCACCUGAGAACUCACACAGGUGAGCGACCGUUCGCCUGCAGCUGGCAGGACUGCCACAAGAAGUUCGCCCGCUCAGACGAGCUGGCGCGCCACUACCGCACGCACACGGGCGAGAAGAAGUUCAGCUGCCCCAUCUGCGACAAGCGGUUCAUGCGCAGUGACCACCUGACCAAGCACGCCCGCCGUCACGCCAACUUCCACCCCAGCAUGCUGCAGCGGCGCGCGGGGGGCUCCCGCACGGGCUCGCUUAGUGACUACAGCCGCUCGGAUGCCAGCAGCCCCACCAUCAGCCCGGCCAGCUCACCCUGAGCCCCGGGCCCCCCACGACAGCCAUGACCAGCCGCUCUCACCUCCCCCACCUCUGUCACCCAUGUCUCCUUUUGUGAUACGGAAGGCCAGAAGCGCCGCCGGCGUCCGCCUGCGGGCGGCCACGUGGAAACCCGAUUUUCUUCACCUCAGGUGUCUGUCUGUCGAUUUGUAAAAAAGAAAAUGGAUUUUAAAAAAAAAAAGAAAAAGAAACAGACCCAACCCCAGACAGAAAGAAAAGACGCCCUCAACUCCAUUGCACAAGGGAUGAGCCCGAAGGUGAGAUUCUGAGGCGCUGAACCCCCUUUCUCAGGGAUGGACCUACCUGCGCCUCGAGCUCUGCGGGGACCCCCUUCCUGCCGCCUUACUCUGUACAUAGAUUUGCACUUGGAGUUCGGGGCCGGGCGUUGACCGGGCGCAGCAGGAGGACGUGGCCGCACAUUGGCACCCCGGUGAGCCUGGCUCCCCGCCUGUGGGUCAGCCCAGCAGCCGUAUCAUUGGCCACCAAGGUCAUCUGUGCUUCCAGGGCUAACGCCAAAGCUGAGUCCUGCGUCCUCCUGUCAGGUGGGCCCAGGGUCCCCGCUGCCCGUGCCCCCCAGGGAUGCCUUAAGCCAGGCAGGGCCAAGGGGCCCUCACUGCCUCCAGGAGCCUCGUCCUGGGCACCGUCGUGGCCAUGUGGGCAGAAACCAGCCCCUGCCGCAGCUAGAGGGACUGCCUCAACUGCUGACCGUCGGGGGCCGUCCCCUGACGGGGACAGAGCCCCAUGCUUCCUGCCCUGGACAAGGUGUGGCUGCACGUGCCCCCUCCUGGAGACGGGACUUGGAAUUCUCGGGGGCUGGUGCGGAGGGGGGCGCAGCAAUGUCCUGUUCCAGGUGGCCCAGCCUGGACGUCUCAGUGGCUCGCUCCCCCCACACGGAAGCAGUGGGGACUGCCCUCCACCACCCGGUCCUGGCUCCGAGCUUGCAAACCCAGGCUUUGCAGUCUCCAGACUCCUCCCUUUCCCUCUUGCCUGGGGACGUACGUGCCCCCCACCCCUCCGCCCCCCCCUUCCCCCUGCCCAGGGCCUGCAGAGCAUGAGGGCGUCAGGGUGAGGGGCUGCGACGUGAGGCCGGUUUGCUCGCGUCUCCCCUGCAGUUUCCGGAGAGUGCAUGCCCCCAGGAGCGUGCUCUGUGCGUGCGUGUGUGCGUGUGCGCGUGUGCGUGUGUGUUUCUGUGGGAGCAGGGGCCAGACUAAGAGGUCUUGCAGCAGCCUCUGCUCGUUGUUGGACGAGAUUAACCACCUUCGGGACCUCAGAUGGCCGUGGACGGGUUUCUGGGCCCAGAGUGCCUUGGUUGUGGGCUUCCUGCCUCCCAGUUCCCCUCUCCCCGGCUGGGGUGUGGUUGCUGGGGGACCCCUGUCAACAGUGGGGCUGGGGUAGGGGUGGGCUCUGCCAAGGGCCGCCACUGGGGGCAGCCUGAUGGGUGUCCAGUGGAUGGGGGGGUGGCUGGAACUGUGGGGGAGGAACCCCCCCCACCCUACCUGGGCACUGGCUGGUGAGCCCUGUUCCUGUAACACACACUGUGGAGUCCUUGGCAGGCAGUGUCCUGGUGCCUGGUGGGCACGAUCUCUUGGGGGGUCAUCCAGUCCCAAAGCGAGCCCCGUACAGGCCCUUGGAGGACCCCCCAUAAAUUGUUUCGGUGUGAGGGCAGCGAGCCCCACUCUGGACACAGUUCAUGUCUCAGGAACUCACAUUCCAGGUUCGGGAAUUUUAUUCCAAAGUCUUUUGGUGCAUUCGGUGCCCUCGGGCCCCCGAAGGCAGGGUGAGGGAGCUGUGAUGUGGGUCCUGCGUGUGGAGGGGCGCUGCCCAGGGCUGUCCCUGGGAGCGCCAUGCUGUUCCUUGCCACCUGGAAGGAGGCUGGCGGGUCUGUCCUCCCCGUAGGAAGAGCAAAGGGCCCAUCCUGGAAUAAAAGACUAGCUGGUUUGUUUUAGAGGUGGGGUGGGGGUGGGGGGUGGGGGGGCAGAGAAGUGGGGAUUUGCUGUUUUCCAAAGAGAGCACUUAAUUUAAUUUUUCCUCGGAAUGACCCAGGGAUGGAAAGGUUAAGUUGCCUUAAACCGAAGGAUGCAGGCAUCGGCUAUUUUCUUUUGGCAGAUGAGUGUCUUCAUUCCCAAAGUGGUUUCUCUUUGAACGCCAGGGUUCCGGCCCUGCUCUCACUGCUGGAGGGCACCCCAGGGUGGCUCCCAGAUCCGGGCUAACACUCCUGGGGGCGGUCCCCACAUCUCAGGCUGAGGUUGACAUGGGCAAGCAUCUCAUUGGGGCCUGUGGGGUGCACGUGGAGGAGAGACUGCUGUGCUCCACAGAGCAGGUUGGGGGCAGCUGAAAUUUUCCUCUUCAGAGGUAGGAAGUCUUCCACUGGGUCAGUUUCGGGUCCGUUUCACCUCUCUGGCUGCUACCGCAGUUGAGAAAGGCACUGGACUCUACAAUGGAAGUAGACAGGCAAAUCUUCCUUUGGGCAGAGCUCAGAACAAAGGUGCCCCUGCCCCCCAAAUUAAAAGCGCCUCUAGGUGACCCUGGAUUCAGCUAGGAGGGGUGCUGUCCUUCCACUUACAUCUCAAAGGGGGGGAUGAAAACCCCUCUGUGUCAGCCAUAUCAGGGCUAGGGUGUGGGCCCUGGAAGGCAGCUGGGACAGAGCCCCUGGUGCCCCAGGAGUGGGGGAGGGGAAGUGCAGCCUUCAGCCCAGCACCCGGGUUUUAGGAUCCCCACCCCCACCUCCCCACGGCACUGAGCCCAUCUGGCUGAUGGUGCCACCUCUAGGUGCAAACAUGACGGGCAAGGGACCCCGUCCCGGGACAGACCAGCAAGGGCUCACUCAGUUGGGGGCUGCCCGGGGGUCCUAGGCAAGUGGUAGUGCCCAGGGAGAGCAUCUCAGUGUUGCAGACCAGCUGCCCAAACUGGGCACUGUGCCGUGAGCACUAGCCACCCCCAGCGCUCCAGCCGGCCCUGCUCCAGGACCUGGCACCCAGUGAUCGCAGCCCUUGGCAGCUGCCAUGGAAUUUCUCUCCCCGUUUUCUAAACCUACCCAGCUGGGGGCCUGGGAGGAGGCUUAAGGUGCGAGAGACCCUGGCUAGCCCCCACCAACACCACCUCCCCGCCCCUCGCUCACAGCCUUGGACAUGUUUGCAAGCCCGACCUCCCCUCCACCCCGAAGAUCCCACCUCUGAUACUGGGGUUAAGCUCCCCCCAGUGAAACCAAGGAAGGGUGGACUGAUCCCCAUGAAGGAGCCGUUGCUUUUCCUGGAUCCCCGGCUCCGUCUCAGGGGUCCGUCCUAGACAAUUCCCGAGGGCUAUGGGUGAGGACCCCCCCUCCAGCUUACUACUGACACCCACUGCGGGGAGCCCGGGGUCCACACUGGCCUUCUCCGGACCCUCCUUCUCCGUAUCAGGUUUGCAAUGCAGCCCCCCUUCCGUUUCCUAGUCCCCCUAGCCCCUCCCCGACCCCGCAUCUCCCUUCUCAAACAGCUUUAGAACCACCUUGAAUGGGGUGGGAGAGAAGUGCCCAGGGCAACCGACAUUCCCUGGGGGGCCGGGGGACUCCUGGUGACUGGCCCCUGCACACUCGGGGACAUGCGGCUUCAGGGAGCUGUGAGUCUGGGUGAGGGUGGUCACCCCACCGAGCACAGGGGGAUUCUACGGGAAGCCAGGGGGCUGCCUUCCAGCAUGGCCCAGACACGUGGGGGGCAGGCUGCCUGUCUAGGCAUGUGGGUGGGAGACAGGAAGCCCCCUGGCCACACCCUGGUGGGUCCCUGUGUGCCAAGUGCCAGGGAUCCUGAGGGCAUCUGCCAGCAGGAGGCACUCCUGAGCAGCUAUGCAUUGGCCAGCUGGGCCCACUAACUACGUAUGGUUGUAUGCAUUAGGGUCCUCCCCCAGACCCCCACAAGUGACCCCUUCUUCCCUGUCCAAAGCCAUUGAUGGAACUUCUCUGGAAUCAUUUGCCAAAACCCCGAGGCAGAAAACAAGGGUCCAAGAUCAUUUUCAUCAAGCUCGUUUCCUUUCUCGUAGGAAGUUUUUUGUUGAAAAUUUUUUUUUUUUAAACCAGCACCAUGCCCUGCUCAGAAAGGCCACAUUUCAGCUUGGAUCACUACAGUGAAGUAUUACCAUGUACAGCCCCCACCCCCAACCCCCUCUUCUGGCCUUGGCUUGCUCGGAUCAGACUUUGUAUGUAUUUUGUACGGCGUAGAUUCUAUAUUGUAAUGACGUCCUAUGCAAAAAGAGAAAAAAAAACUUAACGUAAUUGUAAAUUUUAUUGUUUUAACGUGUAUGCAUGUUUAGUGACGUUUACAUUUUGAAAUAAAAUUUAUGAUUCAUUA